AGUGUAUGAUGCACAGCAUUUGGAUUGAAUUGUGAAUACCAUAAAAGGAGAUGAUGCCAAUGUGUCCCCUUCCAUUGGCACCAGGUGUGAGCUCCUCAGCUACUUAAUUGUCCCACACCACAUCUUUCUCCUCCCUUAUUAAACUAGAUGCUACACCUCCACAUGCACCAUCUUAUCUCAACGCCAUAGAAUUCUUUCCUCCUCUACCUUCUUCUUCUUCUUCCUGUUGCUUGUUUCUUGUGUUCUUGGUGUUCUUGGCCUGUGCCGUGGGCGGCAGCAUGGCCAGGAAAUGCUCCAGCUGCGGGAACAAUGGCCACAACUCCAGGACGUGCACUGGGCACAGGAGCACGCAGAGCAGCGGUAGCGGUAGCUACGGCGGCGGCGGCGGCGGUGGCGCCGGCGGAGUGAGGCUGUUCGGGGUGCAGCUGCACGUCGGAGCUUCUCCCCUGAAGAAGUGCUUCAGCAUGGAGUGCCUGUCGUCGUCGCCGUCGCCGGCGUAUUAUGCUGCCGCCGCCGCGGUCGCCGCCUCCAACUCGUCGCCGACCGUGUCGACGUCGUCGUCGCUCGUGUCGGUGGAGGAGACCGGCGAGAAGAUGGCCAACGGGUACCUCUCCGAUGGCCUCAUGGCGAGAGCUCAGGAGAGGAAGAAGGGUGUUCCAUGGACCGAGGAGGAGCACAGGAAAUUCCUGGUAGGGCUCGAGAAGCUCGGCAAGGGCGACUGGCGCGGCAUUUCCCGGCACUUCGUCACGACAAGAACGCCGACGCAGGUGGCCAGCCAUGCCCAGAAGUACUUCCUCAGGCAGAGCAGCCUCACGCAGAAGAAGAGAAGAUCCAGUCUCUUUGACGUGGUUGAGAAUGCAGAGAAGGCUCCGAGCGUGAAUGAGAUGGGGUUCCCUGCACUGUCACUAGGCAUUAGCAGCAGGCCAGAGCCGGCAGAGGCCAUGCUGCCUCCUCCAUCCUUAACCCUGACGCCAAGCUGCUCACCAGCAGCAGCAGCACCAAGAAUCCAUCCUUCUUCUCUGAUGGUGGCAAAGCCUCAGGUGCAACCUGACCUGGAGCUGAAGAUCUCGACGACGCGUCAGAACGAUCAGCCUGGUUCGUCGCCGAGGACGCCUUUUUUCGGCACAAUCAGGGUCACUUGAUCCAAAAAAAAAAGAGAGGGAAAAAAAGAACCAUCUUAGAGAUGACUGAAUUAUUUGUACCUAAAAAUGGAGAGCUUUUGGUAGUGGUGUAUGUGUGUGUCCCCUUGGCAAAAACACAAUGCCGUCCAUCAUCCACCAUGUAUCAUUAGGAAGUGAAAGCUUUUAAUUAAUGGCCUAAUUUAGUGUUGCAAAUAAAA